AUGGCGAGUAGUCGUGCGGGUGGUGGUGGCGAAGACGCUAGUGAUAGUGAUAGUGAUAGUGAUAAUGAAUUGGAUCUCGCUGUGGAAGAGGCGAUUGAUCGAUUGCUCCGGAUGCAUCAUCCGUUGUUUAUGCAUAUCAUGGGUGCUUUAGAGAGAAGAUACGAGUUUUUCAGGAUCAGGGAGGAUGCGGCUAGCAAAUCCGGACACACGCCCUUACAGAAGUGCACUGCCGCAAUCAGACAACUGGCGUACGGAGGCCCGGCCGACAUGUUCGACGAGUACCUCCACAUUGGCGAGUCUUCAGCCGUUGAGUUUCUGCUGAAUUUUUGUGCGGGCGUUAGAUCGAUAUUCGGGGAUCAGUAUCUUCGGCGUCCGAGCUCCCCCGAAGACUGCCAGCGGCUGAUAAAUAUGCACGGGUCGGUGCACGGGUUCCCUGGGAUGUUGGGCGCAUAG